AAAGAGCAGGAGAGGGCGAGCGAGUCAUAAAUGCAAUAAUUACAGCUUAGGUAGAAAUAAGCAAAGCACUCCAGUCUCACUGGCUGCCAGCGUAGCGAACAGACAGGCAUAUUGGAGCAACAUUUACUUUUUGUUUUGUUGCUUACUCUACAAUUCACUGCUGUGCUUGGGAUUUAUACGAGAAUAUAUUCAGGGAAACCAAACAUUUCUCAGGAUGGAUUUUCUUCUGGAUUCUGGCUGAUUAGGAUGGAUUAUUUUCAUGCACUUUUUUCCAAGUCUUACUGAAUUUCCUGAGCAAACUUGAAAUUUGUGAAACUGUACAUUCAUGAUGUCUGUGGCCGCUCUGUUUCGGGGCAAGUGGGGGACUAAACCCCAGGAAAGCCCUGACAAGCAUGCGACCACUGCAGCUCUACCCACCCACGAGGAGGACUAUGAUGAUGAUGAUGAUGAUUCCAGGGUGGGCUUGAGCAGAGAGCCUAUUCGCAGAAACUCACGUUUUUACCGCUCAAUGAGGAGGAAGAGAAUGGCUGCCUCUGAAAACUCUGAAACAGGUUCUCCCAGAUCUGGUGUGGACAACACCACAUCAACAAACUCUUAUUCUAAUACUCCCUCACCCCAUAAAUCAUUGGAACUGUCCUCGGCUGCUCGACCUGCGUUGCCAAGCAAUGGUGAGGCCAGCAGCAGAUAUUAUUCUUUGUACAACAUGGAUGCUGUGAAUAAGGAAAGAGGAAGUGUGGGAGGAGGGAACGUGGACAUAUCUGCUGCCUCCUACCACCACAACACAGUCGUAACAGCUCUCGACUCGUUGUCGUACCGAACUCACAGCAUUCAAAGUGGAGACAUUAGAAAGCUGUCUGAGCAAACAACCGCAGCCUGCACCGUACGCGACACUGGAAGGACCAUGAGUUCGGGAAUGCCGAGCGCUGGUAGAGUUGACCGGGAUAACCUCAACUACAGAAUGCGGACCAAUGGAGCUUACUCGAAGACAAUCGGCCUCAACCUUGUCAAAAACAUAGGCUUUUUGUAUCAGGAAUACAGAGAUACAUCAAAGAAGCAGGAGAUUGAGCAAAGGCGUCAGCGCGAGUAUGGCCUUCCUUCCUCCAUGUUGGCAGGAUCCAACAUCUCAUCCCGUCCGGCAUUACAACUACAGCUGAGGAACAAUACCCGAGCGCUGAGCUUGUGGCAGAACCUGGAUGUGGUGCAAGCCAGUGGACUACUCAACGAGCUACCACAAAAAGAGAUUAUAAUGCAAGAGGCCAUGUUUGAACUUAUCACUUCGGAAGCAUCCUACUACAAGAGUUUGGAGAUUCUAGAAACUCACUUCUUAAAGAACCCCUCAUUGAUAAACACACUCAGCCAGUCAGACAUGCACUUUCUGUUCUCCAACAUUGAAGAAGUUAUGAAAGCCAGUGAACGGUUCCUGAUGGAUCUCGAACACCGAAUUGAAAAGUCAAUUGUGAUUUCGGAUGUGUGUGACAUUGUUUACAACCAUGCUGUGGGGCACUUCCAUGUCUUUAUCAAGUACGUCAUUAAUCAGGUUUACCAGGAGAAGAACUACAGGAGAAUUUUAGAGGGAAAUCAGGCAUUCCGGGAGACAAUGACACAAUUGGAGAACCAUCCGUGUGUCCGAGGGCUGUCCUUUACGUCAUUCCUCAUCCUUCCUUUCCAGAGGAUCACAAGGCUCAAGUUGCUUGUCCAAAAUAUCCUGAAAAAUGCUGAAGAACACUCUGAGAGGGAAGCAAAUGCAAUUAAAGCUCACCAGCGACUGGAGCAGAUUGUGAAAGAGUGUAAUGAGGGUGUUCGAAAAAUGAGUCGCACAGAGGAGCUUAUCAGCAUUGAAAAGACAUUGGAAUUCAAAUCCAAGUCUGUGCCCAUCAUCUCCCACUCCCGCUGGCUGCUCAAAAAGGGUGAAGUGCAACAGAUGUCAGGUCCCAAGACCACCAGGACAAUGCGAAGCCGUAAGCUCUACCAACCCGUCGUCUUGUUUCUCUUCAACAACCUGCUGCUUAUCACCAAGCGCAGCUCAAGUGGGGACAAAUUUCAGGUUCUUGACUCAUGCACACGAGCUAUGCUGCGGACAGAAGAUCUUGAGGACCAAGGCCAGAUGCUGGCAUGUGUCUUCAAUCUCAAAUUGCUGGAGAAUCAAGAGGACCGUGAAGUCAACUACAUGCUCAAGACAUCAAGCAUGAGUGAUAAGCUUCGAUGGAUGUCGGCGCUGACGCCAAACCCCCGCACGCGUUUUAUGUCAUCCAGCGCACACCAAUCAGACACUUUACAGGUGCAAUGUAUUCAGUCUUACUCCUCUCAGGAGCCAGAUGAACUCUCCAUUGAGAUGGCCGAUGUUUUGAAUCUCCUAGAGAGGACCGAUGAUGGAUGGAUGAUGGGGGAAAGGCUCCAUGAUGGCGAAAGAGGAUGGUUCCCAAGUCGACUCGUGGAGGAGAUCCACAGUAAGGAGGUGCGAGCUCAGAACCUGAGAGAGGCGUUUAAGGUUCAUCAUGCUCAAGAAGGAGGAGGAGCCCUGCAAGGUGGAGCAAGGAUUGGCUCAAGAGGGGGGAGACCCAUGCCAAAAGCCUCCAACCUGUUCAGUAUGUUGAAUGAUUCAAUAGGAAAGAAGUAAAGCAGAGAGCUUGAAAAAAGAUGUAUGUACAAAAAAAAAAUGUGUCCUUAAAGAACUUGAACUACAGCAGAUGACUUUCAAGCGUCACUGUCUUACUCUCAGUAGCCUCGUUUACACCGAAAUUUCACAAAAUUGACCUAACGCAAGAGCCAACAUUGGUGAAGAAAAGCAUGAUGGAAUGGACAACAGUGCAAGAAAGUAACCCUCGCUUGUGAAUUCACUAACCCACAGUUUCCUGAUAAGAUUCUGACACUACCUACUGGAGAUGUCCCGAUCGCGUAUUUUUUUCACCCGAGUCUGAGUCCGAGUCACCUGAUUUUGAAAAUCUGUUGAUACAGAGUCCCGAUCCGAUACCAGGAAAAAAAGGUUUUUUUUUCUCACAAAACUUCCAAACAUGUAACUGUCCCACCAUGCCACCUUCAUAAUGUGAAUUGCAGGUAGUCCCCAGGUUACGACGUACCCGACUUACGUGAUUUCGACUUUAUGAUGCCAGAGUAUAGUCCGCAAUUCUGUCUUCAAUGUUUUAAAAAGUACCUACUGUAGUUCCCGUUGCCGUUCUUAAUGUCAGCAUCCCCUCCUCCCCCAGCAGUGUCGUGGCUGUCCUGCAGUUCUUGACGGCGUCAGGUCCCAUUUCCUUGUUCUCAUGCUGCUGCUGCUGCUGAGAGUCCCGAUUUUGAGCUCGCACGGCGGGCUCACGUUGAGAAAGGCAACGUUGGUGACCUGAGCGCCCAUGAUAUCCCCCCUCUCUCGCCUCCCUACUCUUUCCACAGUGUCCUUUUCUCUCAGCAAGGCGACUGACUUGAGAGUAAAGCCCGAAUAGUCAUUGAACAUAACAGCAUUUGACACAACAUACAUCACAGUGUCCUAUUUUUUUACUUCAUUUUACAACCCUUAGCAAAAAGUAUGGAAUCACCAGUCUCAGACGAACACUCACUCAGACAUUUUAUCAUGUAGAACA